AUAUUUCAGAAAGGGGCUCCAUUUAGUGAGUGAGUCUUUCCCCGACGGCAACACUCUCCAUCUCCCCAACCUUUUCCAGCUCCAUGAUGGUCCUGCAUGUCUCCGAGGCCCCCUGGACAGCAGCUGUGACAGUGUUACUGAUGGUGCUGAGCAAUCCCAUGGUCCAGGGCAGGGCUACUCCAGAGAAUUACAUGGUUCAGGCACGGCACGACUGCUACGCGUUUAACGGGACGCAGCGCUACGUGAACACAUACAGCUAUAACCGGGAGGAGUUCCUGCGCUUCGACAGCGAGGUGGGGGAGUACGUGGCGGUGACGGAGCUGGGGCGGCGGGUCGCCGAGUCCUGGAACAGCCAGAAGGACUACAUGGAGAUUAGACGGGCGGAGAAGAACACGCUGUGCAGACACAACUACGAGCUGGGUGCGCCCGUCCUCCUGAAUCGCCGAGUCCAGCCUAAAGUGAACAUCUCCCCUUCCAAGAGGGGGCCGCUACAGCACCACAACCUGCUUGUCUGCCAUGUGACAGAUUUCUAUCCAGGCAGCAUUCAAAUCCGGUGGUUCCGGAAUGGACAUGAAGAAACAGCUGGGAUUGUGUCCACCGAUCUGGUCCAUAAUGGAGACUGGACCUUCCAGAUCUUGGUGAUGCUGGAAAUGACCCCCCAGCAGGGCGAUGUCUAUACCUGCCAUGUGGAGCACCCCAGCCUGGAUAGUCCUGUCACCGUGGAGUGGAAGGCAGAGUCUGAUUCUGCCAAAAACAAAAUGCUGACCGGAGUUGGGGGGUUUGUGCUGGGAUUCAUCACCCUUGGAGUGGGUAUCUUCAUGCAUAAGAGAAGCAAGAAAGUUCAACAAGGAUCUCGAUAAACAGGGUUCCUGAUCUGAACUGAAAGACUAUGUGUGCCUUAGAACAAGUAUCUGUCUGUUUCUUUAGCCCCAGAGGCUGAUUCUGGGACAGACCCUCAGCUUCCCAGGAGGAUGUUAAUGAAAACUAAUUGCUGUAAACCAGUUUCUGUAGCUCUGCUCUCUGAUUCCAUGCACAGCUUCUUUCAUGGGGCCUCCAACCAAGUUCACAUGUCCUUAACGCCAUAAAUAAUCAAAAUCCAA